AUGCCUGCGAAGCGCAAAGCAGCAGCCCGGAGCUACGGCAAGGCAGCCCCAACACCAUCACGCAAGCGCCAACGUCAAGAGCCGCUCUACCAGACAGACCCAUUCCGGCAUCUGCCCUUCGACUGCGCAACCCUGAUCCUCGAAGACCUGGACCCAGUAACCAUCCUUAACUGCGAGCAAGUCGACAGAGGCUGGGCGGCGUUUAUUAGGACCUGGAUAUGCGCCGUCGGUCUGCGCAUCCACUAUCCUAGUGUCUGGCACCUCGAACUAAAGCAGGACGAAGCAACCUCCGUCUGGCUGUACAAAGCCAAUACCGCGCCGAUAUUUACUCUCCCUCCUGGCAAGGCAAGCGCUGUGCGCAAGGUCGAGGCGCAUGACGGGACGUUCACGAUAGCCGGGGACUUUGCGGCUUGGGGGCAUGGAAAGCAUAUAUACUGGCAGGACUUGAGGUUCCAGGACGAUGGGACAUUCCGUCCCGUUCAGAAGCUGGAGUUGAAGAUGGAUUUUGGAGAAAGAGGAGAAGAAGAGGAAGGGCGCAAGCCUAAAAUUGUGAUGAUGCGUUUGAAUGCUCGAGGUUAUCUAUUGCUUCGGUUUAUGUGGGUGAGUAUAGAGACGCCACAAAUGGAUCGCUACAGGGACGUCCUGGUGCAGCUGCAAACAGGCAAGACAAGAUGGCACUACGAGGGGCCCGUCCGCGCGGACGACGAAUUCAUACCCCGCGACGAGCGGCGCCUGGUAGGGCUCGACGAGCACCGGGUCUACUACACCAGCGAUAUCGACAUCCUCGCCGUGGACAUCGAAUCCGGCAGCGAGCUCUACCGAGCCCCCCUCCCCGGCACCGGGCGUGACCGAGCAUACUGGAUCCACUUCUGGCCUUCAAAGGGCGCGUAUACGGGGUUCCUGAGCCUAAAUGGGCGCGACGUCCUCGUGGGCUUAAUACCUGUCCGGGAUGCGUCGCCAAUGCCCGAGUUCGCGAUCCUUGUUAUGGACGGCGCGACGGGGCACGUUAUCCAGCAGCUCCCGCUCACGUAUGCGUGGAGCAACAGCUGGAGGAUUGUGGUUUCGGCUGAGAAGACGGCCUUCGCGCUCGUCAACGAGGGCAGCCACCUGUUCCGCAAUGCGCAAAUCGUCCGCAUGUUCUCGGCGGCCCCGGACGGCGUCUUCCACGAGGCGGACGAUCAGAUCAUCGACUACGACAUGCCGCCCGACUGGCCGGCCACCGCGUUCGAUCCGGGCGUGUCUAGGGUCGUGGCCGAUCCGUUUCGGCACCUGCUUGCGUUCGUGCAGGCGGAUGGCGAUAAGGCCGGGGUUGGGAUCGCGGGCUUGAGGCCCUGCGAUGCGGACCGCGCCGUCCGUCGGCUUAAGCGCGACUACGGAGUAAAGAGCACGGGUGCUCUGAUCAAGGGGUCGUGCUGUGAAGUCAGUCUGCCUCCGCCUCCUCCGUGUGCGACCUGCGGCCACGCUGGGCCUGGCGACGCGGGCUCCAACUCUCGACGCUCGCUUCCGAUUGUUCCCGGCUCAGUAUACACGGUGCGGUUUGCGGACGAGCGGCGGCUUGUUAUUGAGGUGACGCGAGUGCUACCUCGCGUGGGGGAUCGCAUAUUCCAAAAUAGAAUCUGCGAGUAUUAUGUUGUGGAUUUUGUGUUGCGGCGGCGGGAGGCGUGUGUUCAGGAUGAUCUGACCGGCGCCCAGGCUCUCCCUGAAGAGCAGCCCGGGGACAAGGCGUUGUUUAGGUGGCCGGGGUUCUGGAGUUAA